AUGAGAAAUAAAUCGCAGUCCAAGGCCAUUGAGGACAACCCUAUUGGAAAUGGUCUUGAUGCCUUUCGUGCGUCUUUCGAUUCGAUAUGCGAAGGCGCGGGUAUCUCCUCCACUCCAAACGCGUUAGACAAAUUUGCCCAAGAAGAUCUUCAAAAUAUUAUCCUUGUCCUUGUUUCGGCGCUACAAAUCCUCCCGGCUUCUCGUCUGCUUCGAGCCAACAAUGCAGCGAUUACAUCUGACGACUUCGACCUCGAUUCAAUUAAGUCUCUUCUGAAAUCGGCCCUAGCCAGCGAACCCGAUGCCCUUAUCUGGGAUCGAGCCUAUGACGCUGUCGCCGAAUCCACCCCGCCUCCCCGACCGAUAGCCUCUUCCCUCCAACAGACCCCAUGGCUGCGCAAUACAAGCAGCUUCGCAAACUCGUCCGAACAUCGCAAAUACGUGGACGACGUGCUAAAAGAGGACCUUGGGUCUAUGUAUGUCGGGGUCCGUCACUUUCAUGACGCAUACUUUGGAGGCGUGGCCGGCCUUGACGCACCACGAGUCAAUCAAACGCAUCAACAUCGACGACGGCCUCUUGCCCAGCCCAAUAAGCCAAUACAAGGUUCUACCGGAGAGCGCAAGUUGGACAUCGGUUUUGUCAAGGAUAUGAGUGCUGGGAAAGACUCGCGGUGCCGCUGGUCGCAGAUCUUGGUGCCUGGAGAGCUGAAGAGCAACCCAUCCGCCGACAAGGCCUCAAUGGCGUGGCUUGAUCUGGGGAGGUACGCAAGGGAAGUGCUCGUUGCGCAGAAUACCCGUCGCUUCGUCUUGGGCUUUACUAUCUGCGGGUCCCUCAUGAGGGUAUGGGCAUUUGACCGGCUCGGGGGCAUCGCAUCGGAGCAGUUCGACAUUAACAAAGAUGGGCGUCAGUUUGUGUCCACGAUCCUUGGUUUUCUCUGGAUGAACGAGAAGCAGCUAGGGUUCGACCCGACAAUCAUGACGGCAAACGGGGAGCGAUUCAUCGAGGUCAAUCGGAAUGGUUCGACCGAGCGGAUCAUCAUCGACGAGGUGAUGCAGCGGGCGCCUUGCAUAGCUGGUCGAGCGACGACAUGUUGGAAAGCCCAUCCCGAAGGACGGCCGGAGAUGCUGCUUGUCAUUAAGGAUUCGUGGCAAUAUCCGGAACGAGAUGAAGAAGGCGAACUACUACGUGAGGCGACUGACAAGGGUGUCGUUAACGUAGCCCGGUACUAUCACCACGAGACGGUACAGAUUGACGGGGCAGAUGAUGACAUCCGGAAUAAUGUUCGAAGAGGGCUGGAUAUUACGCAAGCUGCGAACUACCGUCCGGAACGACCAAUCCGGCGGAACAACGUCGUGUCUGGCACAUCGAGAGAGGGUCGCGGCAGCACCAGUGCCAGCAGAAAGCGUUCAUCUAGCCAAGCUGGCGCUCCUCUUCCUUCUAGCAAGCGAUCUUGUUCCGUGUCUUCAACGAUGGUCACCAGUUCAUUACCAAAUCGUGUACAUCGGCGUGUCAUUCUCCGAGACUACGGGAUGCCUAUCUACAAGGCGAGCUCCCGGUCGGCUCUGCUUGCUGCGUUUGAGCGGUGCAUCGAAGGACAUGAAUCUCUGCAUAAGGCAGGCUUCCUUCACAGAGACAUCUCGGUCAACAAUCUUAUGAUCAACGAGGAUGAUGAUAACCCCUCCUGGCCUUCCUUCUUGAUUGAUCUUGACCUGGCCAUCAAGGAAUCGCGAGAGGCUGCGUCAGGAGCAAAGGGGAAGACCGGAACACGGGCUUUCAUGGCAAUUGGGGCGCUCCUGGGUGAGCAACAUUCUUUUAUGCAUGAUCUAGAGUCAUUCUUCUGGGUGCUAUUCUGGAUAUGCAUCCACUAUGACGGACCAGACAAGAGCAGGACUGUUUCACAGUUUGAUAAAUGGAACUACGCAGAUAUGGAGGAGUUAGCCAAACUCAAGUUGGGAACAGUGACAAAGGAGUCGAUUUUUGUGGCCACCAUGACGAAUAAUUUCACAGCCUAUUACAAUCCACUUAUCCCAUUAUUGAAUGGACUACGGAAGAUUGUUUUCCCUCGGGAUAAGCCUUGGGAACGAGAAGAUGACAAGCUUUAUACUCGAUUAAGAAAGAUUCUCCGAAACGAUUGGGAAGCUUAUAGCCAACCACGGGCUGUUUGGGAAACCCCGCAUCGCCCCACCAUCUUUACGAUAGCUGCUUUAGUCGGACCUCGACGACAGUUCUUUCGAAUGUAUGUAUGUCUGGAACCGCAACUAAGUACCCUAGUAAGAUGGCUCGCUAUCGACACACAACGUCGUUGGGACAAGGUCAUUUUCAAGAAAGGAUUUGAUGUUCAGGAUAUUGACAAGCUAGCGGAGGAGGUGGUUGGAAAGAUCCUGCGCCAGUUAGAGAGGCAGUAUUCUGUAGGCGAAAUAUAA